CAACGCUUUGCUAUAAAUUUGGAAGGCGUGUAGAUGAGAGAGUGUAAAACUCCCUUGUAGAGUUUAGAGAGAGAGAGAAAGAGAGAUGGCAACAGAUCAAGCGUCAAAGGAAGCCAUGUCAAAGGAAGCCAUGGCAACGGUCGCUGAGAAGGCACCCAUUACUGCAGAAAGGAAGGUCCGAGCUGAUUUGGAGCCUAAGCUCCCCAAGCCCUACUUGCCUCGAGCUCUGGCUGCGCCAGAUACAGAAAAUGUAAAUGGCACGUGGGGCCACAACCACCACAACAUGUCUGUGCUUCAGCAGCAUGUUGCUUUCUUUGACCAAAACAACGAUGGUAUCAUCUACCCUUGGGAAACGUAUAAAGGAUUUCGUGCGAUUGGUUUCAAUAUGAUUGUUUCCUUCGUGUUGAUGAUUUUGGUGCAUGUAUCAAUGAGCUAUGCUACUUCACCUACAUGGAUACCAUCAGCUUACUUCCCAAUAUACAUACACAACAUACAUAGGGCAAAGCACGGAAGUGAUUCAGGGACUUACGAUACAGAGGGAAGGUUCAUCCCUGCACAUCUUGAGAACAUGUUCAGUAAAUAUGCUCGUACACUUCCUGACAAACUUACACUACGGGAGCUCUGGCACAUGACUGAGGCUAACCGUAACACAUUUGAUUUCUUUGGCUGGAUUGCAAGUAAACUAGAAUGGGGAGUUCUUUAUGUUCUUGCAAAAGAUGAAGAAGGUUUCUUAGCUAAAGAAGCUGUGAGGCGUUGCUUUGAUGGAAGCUUGUUUGAAUAUUGUGCCAAGGUUCAAAAGAGCCCUCCUAUUGGCAAGGUGGCAUGAUGCUCCAAUUAUAAGACGACAUGCAAUGCAAGCAUCUUUGUGUUGGUUAUUGGAACAUUGGAACAUAUACAUUUCUUUGAAGAUUGAGGAAUAGAUAUGCUUGUAUUCCUUUCUUUUGUUAGGUCAGAAGUGCUUUGCCUAAUUAAGGGGUG